GGAGUGUUUCCCCUCCGGCUGAUCACUGCUCACCAGGGCAGUCGUGUUUGACCACCUCAGACCUGAGGAGCCAAGACUGAGCUGCCCAGGAGCCAUGUGCACCUCCAGGCUCUACACCUUAGUGCUGGUGUUGCAGCCUCAGCGGGUCCUACUGGGCAUGAAGAAGCGGGGCUUCGGCAUGGGCCGCUGGAAUGGCUUUGGGGGGAAAGUGCAAGAUGGAGAGACCAUCGAGGAUGGGGCCAGGAGGGAGCUGCAGGAAGAGAGUGGUCUGACAGCAGAGGUAUUGCACAAAGUGGGGCACAUCGUGUUCGAGUUUAUGGGGACUCCUGAGCUAAUGGACGUGCAUAUCUUCUGUACAGACAGCGUGCAGGGGACGCCUGUGGAGAGUGAUGAAAUGCGCCCUCAGUGGUUCCACCAGGACCAGAUCCCCUUCCAUGACAUGUGGCCUGAUGACAGCUACUGGUUCCCACUCCUGCUCCAGAGGAAAAAGUUCUGCGGCUACUUCAAGUUCCAGGGCCAGGACACUAUCCUGGAAUAUUCGCUACGUGAGGUAGACCAAGUCUAGCACAGGGCCUGCUGGCGGCCAGGAGAAGACGCCUUGGCUACAGGUGGCCUGUCCAUGUGCUCACAGCAUCCAAGGCCGGCCUCAUGGUCCCAGAGAGGACUGGAUGCAAGGGAAGGCCUUCACUGGCAUGGCCUGUCCUGCCCCAUCCCCAGGAAGCUGCCUGCCAAUGUAGCUGACAAACAAACACUGGACAGAAGUGGAAGGGACAGGGUGAAGGAGGCCCUGUCACAUGACCUAUUGUCCUCUUACUGCUACCCCACUUUUGUGAUUCCUGCCCUUUCCCAGUGGAGAAACAGAGACAGAGAAGAGCCAAAGGCCAAACCUGGCAUGUGCCAGGCCUCUCCUGAGAACACAAGGGCCAUUCUCAUCCCAAUGGGAACCACAAGAAGGAAGAGGCCUUACAGCUAUGUCCACUAUUCACACACUUAACUGUUCACCAAAAUUUAUGGAUAAACUGCAGAGU